CUUACUGGAGAGUCCUCCACUUUUUUGGCCAGGCUUCCAGCUUCCUUUCAGUCUUUGUGAGGCCCACGUUCUCACACCCAGCAAAUUCAGGACGCUUCAUCUUGGGUUUUUCCUCAUAGCCAAAUUAUCAAGUUAGCUAUAAGCGUGCCUCCUAAUACCACUUCAUACUUACUGCUUGCCCUCUGUCCUCCGCCUAACCAUGAUUAACGCUGUUUGAAUGAUCCAAUUGUUAGUUGAAAUACAUCAAAACAUGCUUUUAGAACAGGACUUGUUGCUGUUUCACACAUUGAUGACAACCCCAUACUAAUGACACCAGGCAAGUAGCUUUUCAUUUAAGUAAUUUAGGCACUUAACAGGUUUAAAAAAACUCAGCUUCUAAUUUUCCAUGACUGUUACUUGUUUCUAAGCUACAGAAAGUCAAAGCUGGGAUCCCUCAAGUCCAGCAUCCUGUUUCUCGUGAACUCUGCUGUUACACAUUGCAGAAAAAAUCAGCAUAAAAUUUGGAAGACGAGCAUGCCUCUGCCUGAGCUGUAGCUUGGCUGUUAGCUGACUGGGAAGAUACCUGCUGCUGAUGUAUCCUGUUACAGAGUGACAUUGCUCUGUCUUUAAAAGCAUUUGGUUGGAAGCAGCAGGGAACGAAAAAGGGUUUGGGUCUGUGCCUUAGGAAGGUGAAGCCAAAUUCUCUGUUCAAGCAACUGCAAAGUCCGUGUUCCCCGGAGCAGGGUAGUAGACCUGUGGGAUUGUUGUCAAAGGUGUUGAGCAUUCAGAAUAUUUACGGAUUCAAGUGGAGACAGAGCGAGCACCUGGAAGGUGCUUUUGGGGGUUAUCACAAGUGUAAAGCAUGAGUGUAACAAAUCCUUUUCUAGAAAUGUCAGAAACUGGAGAAGUAUGAGGGAAGUAUCUGGUUCCCUUUGCCAGCCCUUAGUCCCCACGUACCAGCUCUGUUUGCCCUGGGUCUCGAGAGCAAUUCAUACCAAGUGAAGCAAAGCAGUAAUUCAGCAAGCUCUGCCUUCUGUUCACAAGGAUAUUGGAGCAGUCCUCACCUGACAAUGGGAGCAGGAAGGCUGCCAAGCUACAGAAGCUUUUUCCCCCACUUGUCCCUUCGCAGUUUGUCUGAAGGCAGAGUUUAAAACCCCUCAGUUCUGCCGAGGCUGCAGCUGGGCUGUUCUCUCACGCUCAGUAGUCCCCAUAUUCUUUGUAGCCACAGCCUUUUGGAUGCUAGGUUGUAAGGUGCUGUUUUGUGUAUCUCAUUUUCCAGGUUUGUCCUUAAAAGCUUUAAAUUAGGGCCUGCAUCACCUUAUGAAGUUGUUCAAUGUAGCUCUGAAGCAGUUGCUUGCUACCCUGCUUCCUACGCAAAAUGCUGCAGAGAGACUUCUUCCAGUUUGUUCUUGCUUCCCUUUCUGUCCCGAAUGGAGGAGUCCUCCCUCCUGAUCCAGUAGGUCUCAGAAGCUGAACCCUAAUACUAACACCGAGCCAACCACUAACGCUAACCCUAACCCUAAUGCUAACCCAAAUGCUUAUGCUAACCAAAACCCUAACCCUAAGCCCUAACUAUAAGGCUAACCCAUACCCUAACAUUAACCCAAAUGCCAAUGUUAACCCUAAAUUUAGACCUUAACCCUAAUGCUAACGCUCAUGAUAACCCUAACCCUAAAACCUUAAAAUAAGCCUAAUAUUAAGCAUAAACCCUAACCCUAAACCAUAAUGCUAACCCUAACCCUAACACUAAACCCUAAACAAAACUUAAUCCUAACGCUAAUUCUAAACAAAACCCUAAAUGAAAUCUAACCCUAACACUGACUCUAACCCAAAAUCUUAACCCUAACCCUAAUGCUAACCCAAAACUUAAUGCUAACCCUAUUGGUAACCCUAAUGCUAACCCUAACCCCAACCCUAAACCAAACACUAACCCUAUUGCUAACCAUAACCAUAACUCUAACGCUAAUUCUAAUGCUAAUGCAAACACUAUUGCUAACCCUAAACCCAAAUCCUAACCCUCACCCUAACGCUAAACCUAACCCAAAACUUAAUGCUAACCCUAAACUUAACCCUAAUGGUAACCCUAACGCUAACUUAACCCCAACCCUGAAUGAAAUGCUAACCCUAAUAGUAACCCUAACCAUAACCAUAGCCAUAACCAUAACCAUAGCCAACUCUAACCCUAAUUCUAACCCUAACCCUAAAUUUACCCCUAAUGCAAACCCUCUUCCUAACACUAAACUGAAACCUAACCCUAACCCCAACCCAUAACCCUCACCGUAACCCUAAAUCGAAUCCUAAACCUUAAUGCUAACCCUAACCUUAACCCUAACCCUGACCCUAACGCUAAACACAACCCUAACCCUAACCCUAAACCCCAGCCCGCUCCGACUCCCGCGGGCGGGCCGCAGCGGCGGGCGCUGAUUGGCUGCGGCGGAGGCCGGCGCAGCUAUAAAAGGGCCUCGCGGCCGUUACCCCCUCAGUGUGCCGGCGGGCGCCCUGUGGUGCAGAGCUCCUCGUCAGCGCCCUACCCGGGGGUCCCACAACGCUCUGUGCCGCCCAUGUCCGACCCAGCUCAGCAGCCGGCCCCCGAGGGGGUCCCCCCUGCUGGGGGGCCUCCCGGGUCGCCCCCUAACCUGAGCAGCAACCGGCGGCUGCAGCAGACCCAGGCGCAGGUGGAGGAGGUGGUUGACAUAAUGCGUGUAAAUGUAGAUAAGGUGCUGGAACGAGAUGAGAAACUGGCAGAGCUUGAUGACCGGGCAGAUGCACUUCAGGCUGGUGCCUCUGUAUUUGAGAGUAGUGCAGCAAAACUUAAAAGGAAGUACUGGUGGAAGAACUGCAAGAUGAUGAUCAUGAUGGGAGUGAUUUGUGCCAUUAUGGUGGUGGUGAUUGUAAUCUACUUUUUUACUUGAAUGUAGCCCCUUCAGUCUGCCACCUACUGUCCCAUUGCCUGUCUCUUCUUGCCUCUGAAUCUUCCCUUCCACCUAGCUUCUUCAUUGAUUCCUUUAUUGGUUCUGGUUUGUCUUCUAUUUAAGAUUCUGAAGUGCUCUACUGAGCACAGGUUAGACUCUUCCACAGCUGCCACAGCUUUAGGGAGGGUCAUCUUAGUGUAAAGGAAUGGGAAGCAGGGAAGGAGUGGGUGGCCCCUGCUCUUCUGCAGGGGAAUUUCUGUGGCUUAUUUUUGGGUGUAAACUUGUCAACUAGUGCCUCUGUAGACUAGCAAAAUAAGAAUGCCUUAAUGCAGUGCCUUUGGGGAUGCGGGAUUUCAUGUGAGAUUCUUGUGUUCUCCAUAAAGAGUUACUUCAGCUUUUCACUGAGUUUCUGAAAUAACUGCUAAUUUGCGCUGGUUAGCGGCUGAACCACCUGACUGAGCUAGAUGUAGUCAUCUAGAUUGCUCUAGCCAUAGAGAGAUAAGCACUCGAGCACUUAAGCAAUUUAUUCUGCCUAUCUUUAUUUUAAGGUGACUUGCUCUCUGAAUGUGGCUGUGUGAGUUAUAACAAAGGGGAGUCUGUAUGAUUAACUCAGUGAAGUGCAACAGACUGAACACAGUUAAUUGAAAGGAGUCUUGUUGCUUUCUGAAGGGCGUGUGUGGGCAUAAAAUCUGCCAGAAGGAACAAAUGAACAACCGCAAGGAGUGUGGUGUGGUGGUUGGGUGUGUAUCAAAUAUUCGUUUUCAUCUAUGCAGGCACAAGCCAGGACCUUAUGGUUUUCUACUAUCUUGUAGCUUUCUGGAAGACUUUGAGGUAGUAGCAGAACAAGGAAUGGGAGUUUAGCUUUCCAGUGUUACUGUAUUGAAUGUCAAAGGAAAUCUACUACAUGAUAGGUGGAGGGUGAAGGAGACUGGAGGUAUUCCAAAUAAGACUGAGUGAGCCACACAGCUUUCAGUAAGAACACCUAUUCUGUUUCUUCUACCAGAAAGCCCUAAGUUUCAGCAGAAGGUAGGAAAAUACUGUUAGUUAGGGAAGCAAGGAAAAUGCUGCUUUGGGCAUGGGUAUUGCAUCAGAUGCUAGUUUGGCAGCUUUGAUCUCUAGAGAUCUUACCAGUCAAGCUGGAAUCUUCCCACUUGCUGUGGGCUUUUUUGAACGCUAGAUUUGGGGUGGUCUGUGCUGUAAAUAAACUUGUAGUGUGGAGCACUAUGGCUUUCUGUAACCAAUUUCCAUGUUCCUCAGAAAGAAUCAGAGCUGUGAGUUGCAUGAGUGUGUUGUCGAACUGGGAUUAAAUGAGCUGCCCUGUACCUCAGCUUCUGCAGUCCUGUGAGGAGUGUACAUCUUGUCUUCACAAGCUAUGUUGUAGCCUGUAAUCUAGACAGGAAAGAGGGCUUUAAUUGGGGAAGCUCUGCCUUGGGUGUAGAAUACACUGGUGGGAUCAGCCGAGGCUUAAGGGGUUGUGAGGAAGAACACCUAUGGAGCUCCCAUAUGGGAGUGCAGUACAAAAAAUGGGAGGAGCAGAUGCUUUUGGUUGCAGUGGGUAAGCUGGGAAAGCCCCUUUCCCCCUGUCACAGGGUGUCUAAGUAGGAGCUAGAUUUUGCACACUCACUUCCAUGCCCAAGCAUUUCAUUUGCACUGAGUUCACCUCCCUGCAAUUCCAUCCCUCCCUGCCUUGGGUGAGAGCAGAGUUGAAGAUCUGGAAUGAUGCAGCCCUCGUCCCCUGAGCACUUUCCUAAUUCCCAGUGGAACUGAGGUGUGACGGAUGGUCAGAAGAGCAUCUGCUGAAGAGGAGCCAGGGCCUGCUUGUACUACUUACUGCUGUCAUUUAGGGGGUGGGUAUACAAGCUUGAGGCCCCCAGACCAGCAGUUCUCUUGAACUCUUCUAACAAGCUGUUGGUGCCCCAUUCCUCCUGUUCCUCUGGGGACUGAGGUCCCCUUAGGCUGUCUUUUCCAUUUCUUUCUCUUGUAUGUUGUAUAUUGCUGCUUCUUCUGCUACCUUUGCCCUCCUUUGUGUCUCUGUGUGUGGGGGAGAAAAAAAUCACCAAGGCCCUAUGAGUAAAAGCGAGGGAUUCUGUCCACAGCAUUACAGGUAGUCACGCACGUGCAGUUUAUUUCCUCUAAAACAUAACUGUAAACCCCUUGGCAUGUUACAGUAAUCAGCUCAUGUACUUUAAACAGUCUCUAAGAAACAUAAUUCACCACCUUA